CCAUCAUUGUCAAUUGAGGAUUCCAGGGAUAAUUUUCGCUGGGACAUACAAAAGCUGGCAGGCGCCAAUAAGACUGCACGGAGGACUAUGGCAUCCAACAGCCUAUUCAGUUCGGUCGCACCAUGUCAGCAGAACUUCUUUUGGGAUCCCAGCACCAGCCGGAGGUUCAGCCCGCCCUCCAGCAGCUUGCAGCCCGGCAAGAUGAGCGACGUGAGCCCGGUGGCCGCCCCGCAGCAACAGCAGCCCCAGCAGCAAGAGGCGGCUGCGGUGCCCAGGCUGCGGGCGCACGAUAACCGCACCAUGGUGGAGAUCAUCGCCGACCACCCGGCGGAGCUAGUCCGCACGGACAGCCCUAACUUCCUGUGCUCAGUGCUGCCCUCUCACUGGCGGUGCAACAAGACCCUACCCGUGGCUUUCAAGGUGGUCGCCCUUGGAGAAGUGCCGGAUGGCUCUGUGGUCACAGUUAUGGCUGGAAAUGAUGAAAACUAUUCGGCAGAACUUAGAAACGCCUCCGCAGUCAUGAAAAACCAAGUGGCGAGGUUCAACGAUCUGAGAUUUGUGGGGAGAAGUGGAAGAGGAAAGAGCUUCACGUUGACUAUAACCGUAUUCACAAACCCACCUCAAGUUGCCACCUACCACAGGGCCAUAAAAGUAACGGUGGAUGGUCCAAGGGAACCUAGGCGGCACAGACAGAAGCUUGAUGACUCUAAACCUAGUUUGUUCACUGAACGCCUCAGUGAUUUAGGGCGAAUUCCUCAUCCCAGUAUGAGAGUGGGGGUCCCAACUCAGAGUCCUCGGCCCUCCCUGAACUCUGCACCAAGUCCUUUUAAUCCACAAGGACAGAGUCAGAUUGCAGACCCCCGGCAGACACAGUCAUCCCCUCCAUGGUCAUACGACCAAUCAUAUCCAUCAUAUUUAAGUCAGAUGACAUCUCCAUCCAUCCAUUCCACAACUCCUUUGUCCUCAACCCGAGGCACAGGGCUUCCAGCUAUCACUGAUGUACCUAGACGGCUCUCAGGUGCCUCUGAGCUUGGUCCAUUUUCAGAUCCACGACAGUUUACAAGUAUUUCUUCUCUAACAGAGAGUCGUUUUUCCAACCCCAGGAUGCACUACCCUGCAACAUUUACAUAUACGCCUCCUGUCACCUCAGGGAUGUCUUUGGGUAUGUCUGCAACCACUCACUAUCAUACCUACCUACCACCCCCUUAUCCAGGAUCCUCCCAGAACCAAACUGGACCAUUCCAAACCAGCAGCACUCCCUACCUAUACUAUGGUACAUCAUCUGGAUCUUACCAGUUCCCUAUGGUUCCAGGUGGCGACCGAUCUCCAUCUAGAAUGCUACCACCAUGCACUACCGCCAACGGCAGCACGUUGCUCAACCCCAAUCUGGGUAACCAGAAUGAAGUAGUGGAUGCGGAUGGGAGCCACAGCAGUUCUCCCACCAUUUUGAAUUCCAGUGGUCGGAUGGAUGAAUCUGUAUGGAGGCCUUAUUGAUUACAUAUAGAUUCCUGUGGCCACAAGAAAUAAUCAUUCCAAUAACAAAGUGCCUUUUUGUAGUCUAUGUAAUUUUUUACAGACUGUUAUAACGAUGUGAUAGGACUUUUAAAGCAGUAACUGUACUGUUUUGUUACAAAGCACACAUGGGCUUUCAGCUCUAUAUUUAUGAUGAACUAUCUCAUUAGAAAGAAGAUUCUCCCUUUUUUAAAUUGAAGCAGUUGGCGCAUAUUUGUCAACCAGGGAAAGUAGGAAUAUAAGACGCAAAAGAUGCCAGCUCCGAGCUGCAGUUGUAAAUCGGCCUUAUGUACUGUGAGCAGCCGGAGCAUGGUUGGUUUCUGAUGACAAAAUAACUGCACAUUUAUCUUACCAAAUACUCUAGAGCCUUAAUGUUAUAGUGUUAUGGUACACAAUCUGGACUGUGCAUGGUGCACACAUCU